AUGCCGCGCUACAUAUCUCAUGCUUCUCCUUUGGAGGAUGGAUCUGGCGACGCUCUAGAGGGCUUACUUACUGAUCUUUCAUUGACAGAUGCUCGUGAGACAGGUACGGUUGAAAAGGGAUCUAGUGCGUUCAACCCGUUUUUGGCACUCCUCUCCCCAGCGCCGGUGACGGGUCCGAUCGAGAAAAAUACUGGUGGCUUCAAUCCCUUUUUACCAUACUUAGUCGCCAGUGCUGGGGAACCCAAUCCAGAACAAACGAUUGAGAAACUGACGCGGGAUGUGAUUCCGCAGCAGCUUGCCGAACUCCAGAAACCGCGGCGAUUCAUACUCAACGAGACCGAUGAUCUCUACCUUCAAGGCCGGCGAUUCCAGAAGAAAUGGGGAAUUUCAGAGGAGGGCUUCAACAAUUGGAAAUCAUUAUUGUUGGGCUGGGUCGAAUUCCCAGCUAUCUUGUUGCUCAACCCUAGCCCGUGGGAUCACUUGCCGUUUGACGAGAUGGUGGACGAAUCACCGACGCUCUCCUGGCUGCAAAAGACGCUGAAAGAGCUACAGCUCCAACUCGAAGACGUAAUAAUCCUUGACACUUUCCCAAUGCUUCGGGACAAGCUCGGAGACGAUACUUUGAGACAGAUGGGGCCGGCAAGGCGGGACGAGCUGGCGCGGGAAUCGUUCGCUCUCACGAGGGCGAGUCUCGCAUUGAUCCAGCCGCGGGUGCUGGUCUCGUGCCAGUGCUGCACAAGGCCGGGGAAUGAUCGGUGGGGAUUUUUCAACAACGACGAGCUGGCGGAGCAACUCUGCUCAUCAGGGGUGAGGGCGCGAUCAAGGCAAGUGCGGGAGUUAGAUUUGAGUGGACAUAAGAUGCACGUGGUGCAAGGGAUGCAUCCACAGUAUGUUAUGGAGCGAGAGCCGACUCAGAAAGAGGUACUGGUGGAACUGUUCACGCAGGUGUUCCGGCCAUUCGGGAUGUGGCAGUCAAGGCGGGCGGCCAUGCAGCAGCAGCUCCGCGAUGCGGGAGCAGUACUGUUGGGACUAGUGAUGCUGUUGCAGCAGCAGAUGAAGCUUUACGGACAACUUUGUGCACAGUCAGGGAGUGGAGUGGAGGGCCCACUGGCAGCUGAACAUGUGGAGGAACUUAGAAAGCAGCUGGCCGAGUGGGAGGACGGGAAUAAGCUUAAGAGAAAGGAAGGUUAA